AUCGCUAUAUAAUUAGAACCAGAGGGGUCCAGUGCACACAGCUGGAACCCAUCUCCAGAAACAAAGAGCAGGAAGCCAUCUUCAGUUGGAGGGAUUCUUCCAGAUUUUUGCACUUCCAAGGUAGUGAUGGCUCUCCAGAAGACCCUUUCAUUGCUUCUGUUCUCGCUACUGACCCUGCUGGGGCUGGGGCUGGUGCAGCCCUCCUAUGGCCAGCCCAUGUACCAACGAUUCCUGCGGCAACAUGUGGAUCCUACAGUGACAGGUGGCGACGUUAAAUACUGUAACUUGAUGAUGCAAAGACGGAGGAUGACUCAGUUUCGUUGCAAGCAGUUCAACACCUUCAUCCAUGAAGACAUCUGGAACAUUCGUAGCAUCUGCAGCACCACCAACAUCCAGUGCAAGAAUGGCAAGAUGAACUGCCAUGAGGGUGUAGUGAGUGUUACAGAUUGCAGAGAUACAGGAAGUUCCCCAGCCCCCAACUGCAGAUAUGGGGCCAGGGCCAGCACUAGGCGUGUUGUCAUUGCCUGUGAGGGUAACCCCCCGGUGCCUGUGCACUUUGACAGAUAGAUACUACCCUGAAGGGGGUAUGGACCUGUGGUUGGCCUUUAGCUUACUCCUUGAAUAGCAAUGAGUAAUGCAUUUGAGCUGUCUCAGGUUCUGUCUUCUCUGGUUAUGUCUACUUCUUUUUCUCUAUAUAACCAAUUCUCUUAAAUGUAUCAAAGAGAAAUGGAGGCAUAAACCUAAUUUGGGUGUGGGCUUUUCUAUAAUAAACUUUUCAGUAAAU